AGGGGCUGCAAAGAUGGCAUCGGGACUGUCCAAAGCCCAGGGUGCUUGCUGCAUGAGGGCCCGCAGAGGCGACCGCAUGACCAUCAACAUCCAGGAGCACAUGGCCAUCAACGUGUGCCCCGGGCCCAUCCGGCCCAUCAGGCAGAUCUCAGACUACUUCCCCCGCCUGGAACCAGGACCCGAAGGCGGGGGUAGGGAUUUCAGGGAGGCCCCUGCCCGCCUUGCACCUCUGGCUCUGGCCCCGCCUGCAGCCCUUCUUGGGGCCACCACGCCCGAGGAUGGAGCCGAGGUGGACAGCUACGACUCGGAUGAUACCACCGCGCUGGGCAUGCUGGAGUUUGACCUUCUCUAUGACCAGGCCUCCUGCACCCUCCACUGUAGCAUCCUUAGAGCCAAGGGCCUCAAGCCCAUGGAUUUCAAUGGUCUGGCCGACCCCUAUGUCAAGCUGCACCUGCUGCCUGGGGCCUGCAAGGCCAAUAAGCUCAAAACAAAGACUCAGAGGAACACGCUGAAUCCCGUGUGGAAUGAGGAUCUGACGUACAGUGGGAUCACAGACCAGGACAUCACCCACAAGGUGCUCAGGAUCUCCGUCUGUGACGAGGACAAGCUGAGCCACAACGAAUUCAUAGGGGAGAUCCGAGUGCCCCUCCGCCGCCUCAAGCCUUCGCAGAAGAAACAUUUUAACAUCUGCCUUGAGCGGCAGGUCCCGCUGGCUUCCCCAUCCUCCAUGUCCGCUGCUCUGAGGGGCAUCUCCUGCUACUUGAAGGAGCUGGAGCAGGCCGAGCAGGGGCCCGGGCUGCUGGAAGAGCGCGGCCGCAUCCUGCUGAGUCUCAGCUACAGCUCUCGGCGCCGGGGGCUGCUGGUGGGCAUCGUGCGCUGCGCCCACCUGGCCGCCAUGGACGUCAACGGCUACUCGGACCCCUACGUCAAGACGUACCUGAGGCCUGACGUGGAUAAGAAAUCCAAGCACAAAACGUGUGUGAAGAAGAAGACUCUCAAUCCAGAAUUUAAUGAGGACUUCUUCUACGAGAUGGAGCUCUCUGCUCUGGCUACCAAGACCCUGGAAGUCACAGUCUGGGACUAUGACAUCGGAAAGUCCAACGACUUCAUCGGCGGCGUGUCCUUGGGGCCCGGGGCCCGGGGCGAGGCCCGGAAGCACUGGAGUGACUGUCUGCAGCAGCCCGAUGCAGCCCUGGAGCGCUGGCACACCCUGACCAGCGAGCUGCCCCCUGCCGCUGGGGCCCUGCCCUCUGCCUCGGCCUGAGCGCAUGGCCCCCCACCG